UAUCAUACUUGUGUCUAUCUAUAUAUAAGCUCCGGGACCAGUCCACCUUCAUCCUCUUGUCCCUGCGAGGUUGCAGAGCUCUUGGUAGCAAGCAGGCGAUUCGAGUCCAUCGCUUCUGGGUUCUGGUUCCACGCCGCUGCGGUCGCGGCGAUGCCUCCUGUCGCGCCGCCGGCGGAUCAGAAGGCCGGGCCCGGGCCGAGGCAGUCGCGGCACGCGGGGACGCUGGCGUCGCCGCGCGAGCCGCUGGCGCAGCGGUCGGCGUCGUUCCACGGGCGUGGUGGCGGGGCCGAGCAGCAGCGCGAUGGCCUGCUGCUGAGGCAGAGGCCCCGGACGCACCCGGACCUGCUCGCCGGCGUCAGCGAACGAAGCUUCCGGCGAGCUGGCAUGGACCGCGGCGGCGACCCUGCUGCUGCUGCUCACGCCCCGUGGGCGGGAGCCGGCGGGAGGGCGGCGCCGAGCAAGGUGCUGGUGACCGUGGCCGUGCAGCGGAGCAUGUGGCCGCUGCACGUGAUGGCGCGCGCCGAGUGGCGCGUCGCGGACCUGGUCGCCGCGGCCGUGGAUCUCUACAUCAGGGAGCGCCGCCGGCCGCUGCUGCCGUUCGCCGACCCAUCGGCGUUCGGGCUCCACUACUCCCAGUUCAGCCUGCAGAGCUUGGACCCGGACGAGAAGGUCGUGGAGCUGGGGAGCAGGAGCUUCUUCCUCUGCCCCAAGGCUGCUGCGGCUGCGGCUUCCUCCUCUACCUGUCCAAGCGAAGCCAGAGAGACCAGGGCCGCCCCUGCCGACAGGCCAAGCAUGCUACCGCCAUGGCUUGGCUUCGUGCACUUCUGGCCGCUGUUGUAGCGUAUGGCCUCAGAUCGGCAGAGGUCACCUGUAAAUUGUAAUCUUCUCCCUCCCUAGAUUCGUCCCUAGAUUCGUAGAUUGUACGUUUGUGCAGUACUAGUCAGCUAAGGAUCGAGCACAUCCACUGUCUUCGCUCCUGCCCAUGGAUUUUUUUUUUUUUGAUAAGAAGCCCAUGGAUUUUCAGUGGUUGCCUGGACGCAAAAGUCAGUGGAUCCUUCUGCUUUGAUCAGCAACCUAAAA